GUGCUUCCCGCGAGCACUGACACUAUCCACUUAAAUAAAUCGAUAUAUUGGCUGCACGCGAGUGUAUGUUCUCAUUGUGGUUAACGUUCCGCUCGUGUAGCCUUUUUAUUGAUCAUUGAUUAUUGAUUAUUGAUCAUUGAACAGUCGCAGAGCUAACAGAAGAGUCGCUCCGGGUACUCUGCGUUCACAGCCGCUGUACUAUACGUUAAUAUGGACAGAGCAGACAGCCAAUCAGCGGCUACUAUUCCGAGAGUGGGCGGGGCAUGCAGCUCAUGAAUAUCCAAUGAGCGCUCUCGGUGGGCGAGGAGAACAACGGGUCUGUGUAGUGUUGUUUUUGCGUCCAAACGCGUUGAUAUUGUCAAACAAAAAGGCCUGAGAGCAGCAGCGGUGGUGAAGAAAUCAACGUAGAGCCGCGUUUCCGUUUUGUGUCUGUUGUUUCCCGGUGGAGGAGGCAGCUCUCGGUACCGUCAGGAACGUUUUCCCCCGGUCUACUCGGAGCUUGGAAAGGAAACAAUGCCAGGCAAAGCCGCGGUGACAGUGGCUCUUCAGCCCAGCGGUAAGGGGGUCAUUACGGCGGCUCCACAGAAGUCGUUCCCGUUCGCUUUGAAGAAGAUCAUGGAUAUUCCUCCUCCUAACAUCCUGGAGGAAGGUGACGACGAAAUAGAGAAAGAGAAGCUGUGCUCAUCUGAGGAUGUGGAGGGAGGCGGGGCUGGGGCAGCCAGUGCUGGUGGAGGUUCUAGAGGAGGUGGCGGAGGCGGCGGUGGAGGGGUAUCAGCCUCCUUGACACCAGCCAUUUGGGAGAAGACCAUCCCCUAUGAUGGGGAGACGUUCCACUUGGAGUACAUGGACCUGGAUGAGUUCCUCCUGGAGAAUGGUAUUCCUGUCACCUUGGAGGAGGAGGAGCUGCAGAAGACUCUCUCCUCCGUGGUAGGCAAAGGCAAAUCCAUCCCCAAGGUUACUGCUACAGCUACUACUACGCCUGCUGCUGCUGCUGCUGCUGCUGCAGCCUCCGUCUCCACCACAGCAUCUUCCCCCUCCAUCUCUGCCAGCUCUCUGGUUGCUUCAGAUCCAGAAGAAACGGUGACAGUCACUACAUUACUACCAGCUAAACUAGAAGAAGAAAGGAGGAAGGAGGAGGAGGAGGAAGAAGAAGAGGAAGGACAAGAAGAGGAGUCUUUGUCUGAGGAGGCGACAACAGAAGUGGAAGUGAAAGAGAAGAAAACAGAACGUAACCCUGCAGAACGUAACACACCCUCCCCCAUCGACCCAGAAGCCAUUGAGGUGGACAUCAAUUUCCAGCCGGAUCCCACAGACCUGGUCCUGUCCAGUGUGCCGGGGGGAGAGCUGUUCAACCCGCGCAAACACAAGUUCUCAGAGGAGGAGCUGAAACCGCAGCCUAUGAUCAAGAAGGCCAAGAAAGUGUUUGUUCCAGAUGAGCAGAAGGACGAUAGAUACUGGUCCAGGAGAAAGAAGAACAAUGUGGCAGCAAAGCGUUCUCGCGACGCACGGCGGCUGAAGGAGAAUCAGAUCACGGUGCGCGCCUCCUUCCUGGAACGGGAAAACGCGGCACUCCGGCAGCAAGUGGCCGAGCUGCGAAAGGACUGUGGUCGCUGCAAGAACAUCCUGGUCCGAUAUGAGGCUAAGUAUGGCCCACUGUAAAGAACUCAGAAUUACAAAGUAUCAAUGAGACAAAAAGCAGAACUCCCUUCCCCGCAGAAUUCAACACAGACACAAACACCAAGGGAAUCUAAAUUUGCACUGUUGUCUUUGCUGGCCUCCAGUCACUGUGUCAACCUCCCGAGUUUUGGAUACACACUGGUAGGCAGCGAGGCAUGAUGGGAGCGGUGGUCACAGGAAGGCCUGUGGAGAGCGCCUGGCUCCUACACUCAGAGAGAGGAAGCGAACGAUUGUGGAUACUCCCAUGGUCAAACACACAUGGAAAAUAUGAUCUGUCUCAACACAGUUUCAACAAUGUCAGGAAAUAUGAAAAGAGCCGACUGGUAUAGAAGAAUCACAGGCUGUUAAAUACUACACAAAUUAUAGUUUUAUCACUGCACAGCACUUCUUCUUAGUGGACCAAAGCAUGUGUGUAAGUUGUGUAUUUGGACUGGCGCACACUUGCCGUCCCUCACAUUUCCUUGUGUUGUACUUACAUUAGUGUUUGUUAUGUCUGUACUUCCUUUAAAAUACUCCAGCUGUGGCUCAGAAGAACGAUGUUGAUUAACUCCAGGCAGGUCAGGAGAAAUUAAUAGGUGAAUAAGGGAGCGGGAGACCGAUUCACAGUGGUACAGUGGCUGAGGAGAAAGGAAGCAAAGAUCUCAGGCUGGCAGAGGAGAAAAGGGUGAGAGUCCGUUUCUGAUGUGAUUCAGUCACAGUUCUUCCUUCUUAUAAUCCACAUGCACGCCUCUGCGCACACAAACACUGUUUAAACUGUUUUGUAUAUAUAGUCAUAAUCGCCCUGCACCACAGAGAUAGGUGCGCCUAUCAGUGUGUAAUUCAUUUAUGCACUUUUUCUUAAAAAAAACAGUGUGUAGAGAUUACAGUGGUGGCAGGUAUCUACCUUAUUUACCACAAACACCACGGGAGACACAGUAGCUUGUUCAGAAAAAAACCUUGCAUGGCCCACUAUUUAAAGCUACUCAGUUUCCUUUUCUACUAACCUCAGAUCAGCUUCGAGAGCCUCACACAAGAUUUUGUUAAAAGAUGAUGAUUUUACAAACAGAGAGAGAGUAGUUGUUUUGGUUUUUUGUAGGUUACUAUUGAAGGCAUAUGUCUGAUGAUCUCUAGGGCCCUCACUAGUGGAGGGGUAUGAUAACAUGUAGGGAUGUUUAUUUUACUGCACACUGCAGGUAGAGGGCGCUAAAGCCACUGCCUGCCAGAUCAUGGUGUAGUGAUGGCUGGAUUGAUUUUUUUGUUUUGUUUUUUUUCUUAAAUGAAGGCAGGCCCAAAGUUGACUGCUUCUAAACCUUGUAAAUAAACAACUCUCAAGUCUCACGGUCUUCAUUUCCUGAGACAGGGAUUCUGACUGUGUCUUUAUUAACUCAAUACUAUUCCUUAUAUUUGCCAAAUAGUCAAUGAGUGCUGUAUUUAUUCUGAUGGUAAUAAUGCAUCUAUUAAUUGUGAUGUAUAACAAUAUGUCAGAUAAUUCUAUUUCCUUUGAGGAACAAUACUUCUAAUGAAACCAAUGCAGGGAAUUAAAUGGGUAAACUGUGCUUUUGGAUGUUUUAAAAACAGAUUUAUAUAGUUUUAUGGGAUCUUAUUUUUUCUCUAUAUACUUACAGUAUGUGUCUGAACACACAGAGGACAGGGCAGACGCUUAUUUACCUCAUCCAACACUUCCUAUUUUGAAUGGGUCAAAGUUUAGCAGGGCUACAGCGCGGUGUUGGUUGAAACAGAGAGCACAUAAAAAGCAGCUUGGUUCCAUUUGGCAAAAACCUUAAAUCCGAGUUGAUAAAUUGAGUUAUUUUUUGCCAAAUUGGCUGAGUCUGUGUCUCAAUUAGUAAAUACAUUACAGACUGUUAUGGGACUCUAUAUCUCAAGUGUCUUUGGCUGAUGCAGAUUUCGUGAUCGGUCGGCUUGUGCUCAUUAUCGCCGUAAUCUUGAAAAGAAAAUACAUGUGGCAAUAAUACUCUGUUAUGUAAUGCUCGUUUUAUUUCAGUGAUGAUGUUGUAUGUAAAAUUGCUAUGAUGUACUAAAUAGAAAUGCCCCAAAGUCAUUUGUGCUUCCAGUUUAGAUCCUUUGUAGUCUAGGAUCCUAAUGCAUGAAACCCGGUGAAUUAGUUUUUUUGUUUUUUGUUUUGCAUAUUUUACACCAAGUGUACUUAUGUCUGUAAACCAUCACUGAAAACCAGAUAUGUUUUUGGAUGGGUAGGUCGAUGGUCUAUUGUACAGUUUUGUCAAAAGAAAAAGCAGAACAUCUUUGCUAUGAUGUCCUGUGUUUAUGACUGGCAUAAAAGCGCUACCUAUCCUUGUGCAGCCAGUGCUCAACCUUGGGUGAACAUCAGUUGAAAACAGCAUCUUUUGAUCACUGUGGGAUUGUUUUCUAUUUACUAAAGAUUGAUCUUUAUCUAGAUACACUGGAUCAGUUGGUGAUUUUGUGUUUUCUUGAUAGAUUCUGUGUUUAAGUUUCCAGAUGGCGUAGUAUAACACACAUUUCCUAGCAAUGUGUUUUAUUUUGCAUUGACAUUCAAACUUGACAUUGACUGCAUUGUGCUGUUUAUACAUUGACGUAGUUGAUGAAUGCAAACUUUUGGUUACUUUUCAACUUGAUUAAAAAUGUCCUGCAUAAGGCUAAGUAAAGGUACUGGCCAAAGGGAGCCUUUUAGAAGACAACAAAUCAAGAUAUUUUAUAGUACUGCAUACAGUAUGUAGCAAAGUCUUACUCUUUUUUUUUUGAUGCGUAGCACCUCAUGAAACUGGCUUGCAACUCACAAACCUGCUCAAUGACAUAUAGCAGGCUGCAAAGGAAAAUUAUGAUUAGAAGCGGUUUAGAUCUGCAAAUGUAGAUAUGAAUGUUAGACAAAGAUAGUAAUAGCUGCUAUCUCUGAACUGCUGUUUUCAGGUCUGAAACUGUCCGCUCUGCGCUUCGCAUCAAUACCAUUAUGCCCUUCUGUACUAUUCAGUAAGUAGCUACAAUACUCCUGGAAAAAUAUUUCAAAGUCUAUAUUGCAAACAUUUUUACAGUUUUGUUUGUUUUGUGGUGUUUUGAUUUAUUUUCUCUUUUUAUAUAAACAUAUGUUGGGUGUUUUUGUAUUGUCCUAACCAUGUAUUGGAUACAUGCAACAGCAGUACCAUGUCCUAACUGUAUCUUGUAUCAUGCAUAUGAAAUAAAUUGGGAUUUAAUGACA